CUGAAAUCUUCUCAAAUCCCUCAAUGUAGAAAUUAUUCUCUGAAAAUGUCGCUGUCUGAAAAACCCGCCCUGGUGCAGGCUGUGCCUGUCGCUGCCGAUGAGGCCGAAAAAUCGCUUCAGUUUACGGAAGACGAACAUUCGCUGGGUUUUUGGGAAGCAGCCAGACUGUAUUGGCCUGCUCUUGCUUGGGGGUUAUUUAUUAAUCUAGCGACCAUUCUGAAAGGAAUCGUCUGUCUUUUCUUUCUUAUUCUUUUUUUUUUCUUUUCUUUCUUUAUAAACGGUACAUACUAAUAGACUGUAGGAUGGAGGCAUCGUGCGCAGUCUCGUCGGCCUCAACGCCUUCAAACACACAUAUGGCUACAAUUACAAUGGCGAAUAUAUCAUCGCCGCCCGCUGGCUCUCAGCCUUCAACUACGCCAACAACGUCGGCGCCAUCAUCGGCGCCCUCUGUUCCGGCUUCGCGUACGAUCGUUUCGGCCCUCGUCGCAUGAUGGCCGCUUGUUCGAUCUUGUCGAUCGCAUUUAUCUUUUUGCAGUUUUUCAGCCACACACCGGCGCAGCUGUUUGCAGGCGAGCUCAUCAACGGGUGUAUUAUUGCGUUUUAUCCGAUCUGUGCGUCGGCGUAUGUGGGUGAAGUCACUCCGUUGGCGUUGCGAGGUUUCGCUGCGUCCAUGACGAAUUUGGCGUUUUCGAUUGGAUCGCUCAUUGCGUCGGGGAUUCUGAAGGGGACGGAGUCAAUGGAGAGCGUUUGGUCGUAUAAGAUUCCGAUCGCGACGCAGUGGAUUCUGCCUGUGUUCGUGCUGCUGCUGAUCUUCUUCUGCCCUGAUCCGCCAUAUUGGCUGUGCAAGAAGGGGGAAUAUGACAGCGCAGCACGAUCGCUGACUCGUUUGGCAACGAAGGAUGUCGAUGUGAGUCUGAAACUGGCGCAUAUCAAAGAAACACUCAGACUGGAAGAGAGUUUCGGCCACGAGAACAAAUUCAACUAUCGCGACUGUUUCAAAGGCACGAAUCUACGUCGCUUGAUUAUUUGCGUCAUGGCAUACGACAUGCAGUCCUUCUCCGGCAAUGUGUUCUUCAUCAACUACGCCGUGCAUUUCAUGGAAGUCGCCGGACUCGACUCCUCAGAUGCCUUUUCCAUGAAUCUCGGCCUGACAGCACUGGGCUUACUCGGCACAAUCAUCUCCUGGCCAUUACUCUCCUACAUCGGUCGAAGAACCGUCUAUCUCUUCGGCUGCUCCGCCCUCGCCAUCCUCCUCUUCAUCAUUGCAACACUCGACUUUGCGCCUCGCCAAACCAACAGCCCAACCUGGGCCCAAUGCGCCCUCAUGCUCGCCUGCAACUUCAUCUACGACCUCACCCUCGGCCCAUUCUGCUACGUCCUACUGGCCGAAGUAUCAUCGACCAAACUGCGCAGUGCGACCAUCGCCCUCGCGACGGUAAGCUGCUUCAUCUGGUCCGUCGUAUUCGCCGUCGCGAUCCCGUACGCGAUGAACGAAGAUGAAGCAAACUGGCGUGGAAAGCUUGGUUUCCUUUUCUCGGGUUUGAGUGCGAUAUGUCUUGUGUUUUGCUUUUUCUGUAUGCCCGAGACGAAGGGGAGGACGUUUGAGGAGUUGGAUAUUCUGUUUGAGAAAAAGGUUCCCAGUCGUAAGUUUGGGGAGUAUAAGAUUGAGAUUGUUCAGUCGGAUGGGAGAUAGAUAUUACGAUUAUGAUUAUCAUUUCUUGUUGAUUUCGCCUGCGAGACCGAGAAGGCCAUCCUAGCAGGGGACUUCAUUGCGGUAAACUUUUGAUAAUUCCGCAGCGAAUAUUGACCGACG